CUGCGAAAUUGAGCGCCGACUUUACUCGCACCUGUCUUCUAGACUGUUCCAUUGCACAACGUUUAUACUGCGUAUAUGCUGUGGGUAUAAAAGAGGUGUCUGCGCUACAGAAGAGCAGAUUUUCGACUGACAGCCACAACUUGUGCGUGUAUUGAGGACAGGAGGAAACCUUCAGAGAUUUAUAAUUUUGACCUGUAAUUGAGCUUCAAAAUGUCACUAACAGUGAAGGCAUACCUUGAGAAAAGUGGACAGGAGCCUGAAAUUCGGCGAUUUCCUAUCCCGGCUGAUGUAUCGAGCAGCUAUGACUACCUAAACAGAAAGAUUGCAGAUGUUUUCCAAAACCUCUCAGCUGGAAAUUUCGCUCUGUUUUGGAGAGAUGAUGAGAAUGAUUUGGUGAGAUUUUCAAGUGAUGAUGAGCUUAUGUCUGCGCUGAGCUUCAGACAGGGGGAUGUUUUCAAAGUGUUUGUCCACAUUGUUGGAGAGGAGGGCAGUGAAGGUGGUGAGCAAGGUAGUGGUCAGGUUCACCCAAACAUCACCUGUGAUGGGUGCGAGGGUCGUGUGAUUGGCAUCCGCUACAAGUGUUACGUCUGCCCAGAUUAUGACCUGUGCAGCACCUGCGAGGCUGCUGGCACACACAGCAUGCAUGAGAUGCUUAAAAUCCCAGCCCCAAAGGACACCUGGAUGGGGUUCAUACCGCCCCCACCCCACUUCAGACGGUGGAUGGGACGUUUCAUGAAGCGCUGGCACAACCAGCACCCACAAGCUGCGGCUGGCUGCCCCACUGGAGCCCCUGAGGAGAAGCCGUCUGAGACUGAGGGCAAGCCCGAGAAGCCUAACCCGGAAACAGCCAGCGCAGAAGGCGAGGAGGAAGAUGUGGCAGCUCAGUAUCUUCAGGAUGUCGGAGAAUCUGUGGCGGCCAUGCUGGAUCCAUUGGGCAUAGACGUUGCUGUGGAUGUUGAGACAGGUGGGAGACGCACUAGAAUGAAGGGAGAGCAUGGGAGAGGUCGCAGGGGUCAUGGACCGUGGGGUCGUGGGCCAUGGGGCCAUGGACCGUGGGGUCAUGGACCAUGGGGUCCACCACCACCUUAUGGACCUGGCCCACAUGGCUGUCCAGCAGGUCCCUUUGAGUUUGGGCCAGGUGUGUUUGGAGGCUGUGGCAGGAAAGCAGGCAUGGGUGGACAGUGUAAGAAGGGAGGCGCUGGCAAAGGCUGUGGCAAGAAGAAUCAAAAGGAGGCAACUGCCCCAAAGGCCACACCAAACCAAGAAAAAGAGGCAACACCUACUGCCUCACCCCAGGAGACAGAAUCCAUGGAAACACAAUCUGCCCCUGUCACCAAUCUGAUGGACUUCAUUGUGCGCACAGCAUCAAAUGAAGAUCAGGUAAAAUCAUGUUUUCCAUUGUGUGGAGCAUGUACUGGUAUAUAUUUAUCUAUAAUAAAAUGGAAAUUUUUGUGUAUCUUCCAGGCUUCAGCUCCCAAAGAGAGUUCCCCAGACAGUGAAUGGACAGUUGUCACCCCUAGUAUGUCUCUGAGCCCACCAAAUGUGACUGACAGCACCCCAGCGGAGACACAGAGCCAGGAGCCAGUCCUGCCCACACCAAUGCCUUCAGACCCGAAGAUUGACCAGGCUCUUCAGCAGAUGAUGGAGAUGGGGUUCUCUAAUGAGGGAGGAUGGCUGACUCGCCUGGUGGAGAUGAAGAACGGUGACAUCUCUCAAUGUCUGGACGCUAUCAAACCGCUCAGAGUGGUGGAAAGCACCGGGGAACGUCGCGCCUAGGCUAUACCCAGCCCACACACCCAGCCAGACUAGCAAUCUUACAUUAUCUUAAAAUUAUCAGUAGAUAAUUAAGUGCACCUAAUAUUAACCAGUAGUACUUCAAUACAAGUAUGGUAACAAUAUUUGUGGUUUUUCAGGUUUCGUGCUUCUUACUCUCUCCCAUGUGUCAUACAAGUACCUUAAUAAUAUAGUACACCUAUGUGUAUGUGCAUUUCAGCUUUGUAGUACAAAUGUGGAAACUUUGUGUACAAUACGUAUUAUGUUGGUGGUCUAAAUUUUUACAAUUAUACUGUUGUGUAACCAUUUUGAUGUUGAAAACUCUAUUAACAGUUUAUACCUUGCACAGAACACGGUUGCCUCAGUGGAUAAAACAGUAUACGUAGAGGUUGACUAUUUAUAAACUUUGACUUGUGUACCUUGGUGAUGGUUAGAAGCUGUGCUGUAAAGCAUUUCAUAUAUUCAGUCUGGUGGGAACUUUGUGGGGUUAUAUUUACUCAUGGUUGACACUCUGACCAGUCCCAAUAAAAUUUUGGAAAACAAACUUGUUACCUUGUUGUGGUUUUCUUUAACUGUAGAAAGCUGCUAAAAAUUUUUUUUUUUACUGUCAGCAUAUUAACGUAAUGUAAAGGCUGUAAUACAACAAGAUUUAUGCAUAUUUUCAAGAGCGUUUUAACAUGUUUGUGUUCUUUGCCACAAGAGCUCUUUCUGUAUAGUUGUACUUGUAAAACAGUGGAGGUAGUUCACAUUGCAAGCAUUGGUAUUUAACAAUGGAGAAUGAAGAUUGGAACCAGCUUGCAAAGGCGGGGCAAGAUUACACCACUCUGAAAUUACAUU